GCACUCCCUUAUUUUUCAUUAAUCAUUUCCGGUAGUGGAAUUCGUUUUUAGUACACGUCGAAGUAGAAAGCCCCACGUAUAGAUUAUCAUUACUACUUAAUUAAAUAAUACAGUUCCUAUCUUUGUCAGCAAGUAUACUAAACUUAUUCAUUGAGAAUUAAACAUUACAUACUUUAACAGAGUAAUAUCAGUAAUAUUCACUAUACUGCUUCACGUGUAGGUGAUAUAGAUGAAUGUAUUAAUAUAUGAAAGAAUAUGAAAUGGCAAAAAUCAUAGCAUGUGCAUCAAUACUUUAUUUAAGCAUAGUUUGUAAUAUAUUAGAUGCUAAGCAACAUGAUAAUGACAUUAAAGAUAUUAAUGGAAAAUACCAAAGUCCAGAACCAUCUGGAUUCGCUUACUUAGCAGAACAUUUUGACGAUAGAGAAAGAUUUGAUACUACCUGGAUAUUAUCAGAGGCUAAAAAAGAUAAUAUCGAUGAAGAUAUUGCAAAAUAUGAUGGAAUCUGGACUAUUGAAGAGCCUAAAAGACCUAUACAAGAUGGUGAUUUAGGUUUAGUACUGAAAAGCAAGGCUAGGCAUGCUGCUAUUUCUACUUCAUUAAAUACUCCUUUUCAUUUCAAAGAUAAACCAUUAUUUGUACAGUACGAAGUUAAUUUUCAAGAUGGCCAGGAAUGUGGUGGUGCAUAUCUUAAAUUAUUAACAUUAGAUUCAAAACAUGCAGAAUUAAAAAAUUUUCAUGAUAAAACUCCAUAUACUAUUAUGUUUGGACCUGAUAAGUGUGGGAACGAUCAUAAGUUACAUUUCAUUUUCCGUCAUAAAAAUCCCUUAAAUGGUACAAUAGAAGAAAAGCAUUGCAAGAAACCAAAGGAGAGAUUGGAGGAUUUCUUCAAAGAUAAACAACCACAUUUAUAUACUUUGAUUGUUCGUCCUGAUAACACAUUUGAAAUCAAAGUUGACAAUAAAAUUGUAAAUACAGGAUCGCUAUUAGACGAUUUCACUCCUCCUGUAAAUCCACCUUUAGAAAUAGAAGAUCCAAAUGAUAAACAACCUGAUGACUGGGAUGAUAGAGAAAAGAUCUCUGACCUAUCAGCGGUAAAACCUGAUGACUGGGAUGAAGAUGCUCCAGCCCAGAUAGUAGACGAAGAAGAUGUUAUGCCAAAAGGGUGGUUGGAAGAUGAACCACCUAUGAUACCAAAUCUUGAUUCUGUAAAACCUGAUGAUUGGGACAUUGAUAUGGAUGGAGAAUGGGCACCUCCUGAAAUACCAAAUCCAAAAUGCUCAAAUGUUCCAGGUUGUGGUCCUUAUAAGCAGAAAAUGAAGAAGAAUCCACGUUAUAAAGGGAAAUGGUUACCUCCAUUGAUUAAUAAUCCUAAUUAUAGUGGAAAAUGGAAACCUAAACUAAUUCAUAAUCCUAAUUACUUCAAUGAUGAACAUCCAUUCUUGAUGUCAUCUAUUUCUGCUAUUGGAUUUGAACUUUGGUCCAUGUCUCCUGAUAUUAUUUUUGACAAUAUUCUUAUUACUGAUGAUGAAGAUGUUGCAAAAAAAUGGUCUGAUGAAACAUUUGAAGUGAGGCGGGUUAAAAUUGCUGAAGAAAGUGAAACAUUGUGGGGACGUAUGAUGCGUUCCAUGAACUACAAACCUGGCUGGUGGGCCCUUUAUUUUUGUUACUGUAUGAUACCAAUCAUAAUAUAUGUUUGGUAUUUAUUAAAACGUUCACGUGAGGAAAAAAAUGAUGAAAAAGAAGAGGAGAAGCAAAGUUUAGAUAUAAAUAAAGAUUUACUAGACAAUGAAGAAGAAGAAGAAACUCAGGAGCCAGCUAUAGAAGAAAAUAAAGAAAUUGAAAAUACAAGUGAAACAGAGGAGAUAAUUGAAUCUAAAACGGAUAAAUCUAGUGGUGACGAUGGUCCAAGACGAAGAAAACCAAAUAAAGAAUGAUAAACAUCAAAAUAAAUAUAAGAAGAAAUUUAUUGUUAAAGUGUUCGUCAUACUUUCACAUUCCACAUUAUGCUUGCCAUUGUGGAUAGUAGUAUUAUCAAUCACUAAAUAUGCGAUAUUUUCAUUAGCAAUUCGUUCCUCGUUUAGAAAUAUACAUGCUUCAAUUUUAAGAAUAAUUUAUCAUUAUAUAAUAUAAUUCAACAAAAUGUCUUUGUGUACACACACAGUAAGUAUAUUUAUAAUAUAUUAAAAAACUCUACUUAUAUAUAUGCAUUCAAUAUACAUAUGAGAGAUUUUCACAUAUGUAAUAAAUAUCACUUGGCUAUAUAUUAUACCAAUGAAAUUUUUUUAAUGUUUCCGUUUUAAACAAUUAUUAAACCUUUUGAAAGUAUUAAUAACGCAAUGAUAUCUGUUUCAUGAUAUUUUCUAUUUAUUACAGUUGACAAAAUCAUUCUGUAUAUCAAAAAAACUCAUAACUGCAUAUAAGCAGUUAAAAUAAUUAAACCUGAUAUACAAUGUCACGAAGAGCUGACUUUGUAUUUUUAUUACUUAUUUUCUGUGCAAUCUCAUGUACAUUACAUAAAUACUUAAAUAUAUAAAUAACACAUAUUAGCAUAUUAAUUUAUAUUAAUAGAUAACAUAAAAUCAUGUAGACUUGAGAAUACAAAAAGAUUGUGAAUAUAUAAUUACUGUAAACUUUUAUCAUUUGAUUGAUGUAAACAAUAAUAUAAAAUAUUAAAAAUUAGUUAAAAAAUA